CUUCCAACGCCACCACCGCUCCUACAGUAAAUAUUUGUGUUUGCUCGAGCGGCUGUAAUGGUGGACGACUGAGGCAGAGCGACGGAACACAGCCAGAGUGAAGGGAAACGAGAGGAACGAGGUCGGAAGUCUGUUUCGUAAAGCCAGCCGCCGCGAGUAGGACACGGGCUUCGUCGUUAAAAUGGAUGAACUCAAACAUCAAGUCAUGAUUAACCAGUUCGUCCUGACGGCCGGUUGUGCGGCGGACCAAGCGAAGCAGCUCCUGCAAGCGGCGCAUUGGCAGUUCGAGACUGCCCUCAGUGCCUUUUUCCAAGAAACAAAUAUUCCAUAUGGCCAUCAUCAUCAAAUGAUGUGCACCCCAGCCAACACACCAGCGACGCCCCCCAACUUCCCCGACGCGUUGACCAUGUUCUCCAGGCUGAAGGCGUCCGAGAGCUUCACCAGCGGCGGCGCCGGCGGCGGCGGCAGUCCCAUGGCCGCCUCCAUGGCCACCUCCCCCCCGCCCCCCCAGGUCUGCGGCUGGGGGCUCUCACCAAACCUACCUAAUGUGCCGCAGCCCCCGCAGGGACUCUGGACUCACGGGGGGCCCCCCACGCAGCCCUGCCCCGUGUGGCCCAUGGGCGUGAGCCCCCACGCAGGCACCGAGCAGAAGGCUAACGUGGCCAUGGAGGCCGAGAGGUGAAGGAAGGCCCCGCCCCCCACCCACCCACCCACCCCUCCCAGGGGGAGUUAAUGCCGGGCGGGGGCUUCUGGUGGGAGAUGAUGGGUUGGAAGGUGUUUUGGUCUUUUCCCCAAAAGACGGAUGGAUUUGUGAAAGAUGGAAACUACGUAAACCAAGAAAACUCAAUGAGGACAGAUUAAGAAGAGGAGAAAACCAAUGCAAAUGUUGAUACAAAUCUAUAUUAAAGAGAGGAUACGCACUCACAUAGUAAUAAGAGAGCAACUGAAAUGUUUGUUAGCUUUUCAUAAGUCAAUAGAUAAGAAAAUAUUAUUGAACAACAGGAACAAAAAUGAAAAAGAAAUUUAAAAAAAAAAUGGUCGCGCCCAAGGAUUCAAUGUGAUGUUCAAGGACAUUCAAGGCAGCAAACUUAAUUUUCUCUUUUUCUCUUUAGUUACACCCCCCCCCUCCCCCCCCCCCCCUCUGUUUUUUCAGCCAGUGUUUUUUUGCCACUGGUGUUGUGUGUUUCUGCAACUGUGUGUUGUGCAUGAGGAGAGAGGAACCUGCUGUGUGGUGUUUAAGAUCAUCGGACUCCAGAAUCAACGCCCCCCCCCCCCCCCUCAGGGGGUGCGUGCGCAUGUGAGCGGGUGAUUAGUUUGUAAUAAAACAUGUUUAUAUGCAUAUAUAUCUGUAUAUAUAUACGCACACACACAAAGACCCACACAUUGGUGUUUAGAGGAAACGCCUCUAUUCCGUCAUUCCCAUCGUCAAGGCUGGGACUUUUCUUACCUCACCUGGUGGUCACCUGACUUCUUUCAGCCAAUCAGGGAUUCUUCUUAAACCAACUGUUGCUGCCACGGGACAUGUUUUUAAAAGUUGUGUUUUUUUCUUAAAGGCAGCAGCCACUCUGGUUUAUGCUCAUUGGUCUUAGCAGCAACGCAAGUUUUACACCUGGACUCCGACAACAACAAAACAUCCGCUGUAACACUUUUUCUAUAUUCAGGUUAUCACAAGAAAAAUGAGCAAUCAUGGUUUGUACGACAUUGUUUGUAAUGCUAAUUGUUCUGUUUUUGUCGAAAGGUUAAGGGCGGUGGCUUUGAGGAGGGGGGGUGGGACUUCAGGUAGACCUUUGGCUUUUUUGUAACGUGAAUCAAAAGCAGCUGAAAAUGCUGUAGAUUUAAAAGAAAAAAAAACACAACUACUCCAUCUUUGUAAAGAGAAUUGCCACUCCGCAUGAUGUGUUCAUAGCCUGUAACGUGUUUGGUAGAAAACAUACAUGAGGGCGGGACAUGUUUAUCGGGGGGGGGGGGGGGGGG